AAUUGUAAUGCGCAUGCGCGGAGGCGGCUAAAUUCAAAAAGUGUAAGCGUUAGCCGUGAGGCUCAGAGUUAGCCUCGAUUAGCUGAUGCGCGCUAAGAUUUACGACUGGGAUACAUACCUUUCUACGACAAUUUCGACUUUGCUGUUUUGUUUUAACGCAAACGUGUAUGUAUGGUGUUACAGGACGACGUACCGCAAAGUAAUAGGUUUUUUGCAGCUAAACAUGGAGCCUCAAGACUCUGAGAAGCACAAUGAAGGGAGUGGCUUUAGAAAGCGAAGCAUUUCCUCUAUUUUAAAAGCACCAAGGAAAUCGAUCAUUCUACGCGAUUUGGAACAACAGGAAAAUGAGGUGGAAAGCACUAAGCCUGUCGAGAAGAGGAAUUCCAGGAGAGUUAGUUUUGCUCCCGCCAAUGACGUUCUUCUGUUUGCUAAUGAUGUGAAGAGCGCCUCACCUGUUCGAAAUCCUUUACAAGAAUUAACAGCACCGACAGUUGUGUCAACACAGAAUAGGGCUCAAGCUGAUCCAAAAGCAGAGAACAGUCAACAAAUUAGUGGUAUAGAAAACCUUCUGAAGGCUCCUCUGCAUGUUCCUCUGCAAACAAACACUGUCGACCCUGAUGUUUGGAACGAGAUCGGGGAGAAAACAAUGGUGUUUUCGUCUGAGGACGCCGUCAUGGACAUGACCCACAGUCACACCAUCAACAUCAGCGGUGAUGCAGACUUGCUGGGAGAGACGUACCUGUCUGACAGAAUCGUGGAGGCUGGACUCCCAGAUUUAUCUGUAAACAUGAUGACCAGCAGAUCCACAGACUUUAGUGGACAAAAAGGAAGCUUAUCUGCAGUAGCAAGCAGCUUGGAUCCUGGAUUUGAAGACUUUCUUGCAAGUCUCUCUCAACAGAGUAACUCUAGUGCAGGAACAGCUUUUGCUGGACCCCCGAGGCAAAGUUUUGGAAACGUGGUGGGUCUGAGUAAAACCCAAAGAGUUGAAAAGCAGCUUCCAGGGUUGGAAAACAGCAAAAAGAAGCUCAGUGUUGGUUUUGGUGGAAGCAUGGCGUGUCCAGAAGUCGGCAUGAGUGCGGAGGAGUUUCUGACCGAACCUCAGACGGGUCACAGUCUGGGAGCUCGUGACAAGGACGACCUGUUUCAGUGUCUCUUCCCAACUCUGGACAUGUUUGCAGAAAAGAAAGGAGCAUCACAGCAGACCAACAGAGACAUGCACUCUGCAAGUCCUCUCCGCCAGAAGCACGGUGUCAGCUCUGCUGCCAAAGGCCAGAAGACACUAACAUUUCCUGCGGAGGAUGACAUGGACAUAACUCACACAGUCGACGCUUCCAGCACUUCUUCAGCUAAAAUGCAAACUGGAUCUUCUGACCCAUCACUGAUUAACCAUCAGUCCAAAUCCAGUGACCCGAGCUUGUGUAUCAGUGAAGGAGGUUGGCCAGGGAAAAAAAGCUCAGCAGAGCCUGGCGGAGUCGAUCCUGAGGGCGACGUCAGCAUGGAGAUGACUGAGGUUCAAACGGGACGCAUUGAAGGACUCUCCGACUCACAAGAUCCUUUUCAGUUUCUCAUUCCGUCUCAAGAGGAAGUUUUCCCGCCCAGCAGAAGUCAGAAUAGAGCCGACGCGGCUUCAGGACAGGAGAACAUCAAAGGAUCGUCCAGCAAUCGAGGUGUGCAAACUUCAUUGAAACCUCAGUCCUCACAUAGAUGUCAGAGCAGGGUUGGUUUGGAUGAUGGAGAAAAGACGAUUGAAUUUGCUGCAGAUGAUGACUGCAUGGACAUCACACAGAGCUACACUGCAAACAUCAGCAGCAGCGAGUCGAAGCAGCUGUUCUCAGACUUGGGAGGACAUGAAGAUAAAACUGUGACGUUUACUCUGACGGAUCCUGCAAAGGAAGAGACCAGGAGUCGUACUGUUUCCUCUGGAUUUCAAAAUACAAUCCUACAAAGCAAUGAGGCGUUACCCUCUAACAAGGAUAGAACCGUGAGGUUCACUGCCAAUGAUGUAGUGAUGGACAUAACAAAGAGUCAUACCGUCAACAUUUCCUCUGGUUUUGCACCAACGUUCCUCCAAGACACUAAGGUGUUGCCCUCUAAUGGAGAAAGAACUGUGAGGUUCACUGCCAACGAUGCAGUGAUGGACAUAACAAAGAGUCAUACCGUUAACAUUUCCUCAGGUUUUCAAAAAUCAAUCGUCCAAGACACUGAGGCGUUACCCUCUAACAAGGAUAGAACCGUGAGGUUCACUGCCAACGAUGCAGGGAUGGACAUAACAAAGAGUCAUACCGUCAACAUUUCCUCAGGUUUUCAAAAAACAAUCUUCCAAGACACUGAGGCGUUACCCUCUAACAAGGAUAGAACCGUGAGGUUCACUACCAACGAUGCAGUGAUGGAAAUAACAAAGAGUCACACUGUCAACAUUUCCUCAGGUUUUCAAGAGACAAUUGUCCAAGACACUGAGGCAUUACCCUCUAACAAGGAUAGAACCAUGAGGUUCACUGCCAACGAUGCAGUGAUGGACAUAACAAAGAGUCACACCGUUCAACCAACAUGCUUUAAAAACACUGAGGCGUUACCCUCUAACGGAGAGAAAACCACAAGGUUCACUACCAGUGAUGCAGCAAUGGACAUGACCAAGAGUCACACCGUUAACAUUUCCUCUGGUUUUCAACCAGCGUUCCUCCAAAAUACUGAGGUGUUACCCUCUAACAAAGAUAGAACCAUGAGGUUUACUGCCAAUGAUGCAGCGAUGGACGUAACCAAAAGUCACACUGUCAACAUUUCCUCUGGUUUUCAACCAACAUGCCAUAAAAAAAACGAGACGAUCGUCUCUAACGGAGAGAAAACCACAAGGUUCACUACCAGUGAUGCAGCAAUGGAUGUGACCAAGAGUCACACCGUCAACAUUGAUGCAGAUCUAAAGCUCAUUCAGCUACAGAGUGUGGAGUCAAUCCCCACAAACACAGAUAAAACCCAGAUGUACGAUGUAAAAGAAGCAGAUGUGACCAAAGCCAAUACGGUCAACACUGCUGCCAAUCUAAAAGUCCUUUCGCAAUCAGCACUGGAUGUUACUAAAGAGGAAAAACCCUUCAUGCCCACUACAACCCAUGAAGCUGUGAAUGUGAGUCGCUUUGAAGGGAUUUCUACAAGUUUUGAGCCAAGUAAAGAUGCAUCACCUUCCAAAGGAGACAAAACUGUGAGGUUCACUUUAUGCGAUGCAGCCAUGGAUGUGACGAAAAGUCACACCGUCAACAUCGACGCAGAUUUAGAUGCGAUGCAGCAACAGGAUGUGGAAUUCCUACCCAAAACAGCAGAUAGUGCAAGGAACCACAGUGUACUCAUCGCUCCAGACACUCAUGUCCUUCCACGUCUAACCCACUCUGACAAAGUAAAGUCCUUCAGGUCCAUCGCAGCAGAUAAAGCUGCAAGUGGGAUGAAAAGUUUCACUGCAAACAUUUCAACUCAUCUUGAACCAGUUUCUGGCCAGAGUGUGGAGACUCUCCUGAUGCAUGACACAGCUAUGGACAAGACUCAGACUCUUUCUGCAAACAUUGCCAGUAAUUUACCAUCAGAUGUGAUGUUCCAGCAAAACAAAACUCUUUCUCUCCAUGCAUGUAAACCAGAACUUGAUUUGAAACAAAAGUUGAACAAAUCCAUGUCCCAAGACUCUUUUCCUGUGGACAAUCUCAAAACAAAGACUAUGAAGCCUCUUGAGAUCCUAGAACCAAAUAGCUGUCCGUCUGAUCAGAAACCUGAGCUGUUUCUAGAUAAAAGCUCAGCCGACUGUCCACAAAUCUUUGAAGGUUUGGACAUUCGUAGGGAUCAAACUUACAAUACUGUGGGACAAACUUCUGCUGAGAUUCAGACUCGGAGUGUUUUUGCAUCACAAGACCACAAGGUGUCAUUAGAGAGCGAAGAGGUCCCAAAUCCUCAAGAAUCCAUCACACCAAGUCAACCUGAGCUCAUGAAAGAACUUGAACCAGCAACUUUAGGUUCACUGGAGCGGGAGAGCCCAUCUGUGGACGAACACGGAACGUUAAAGUCACCAAAAUCCAGACGAAAGAGUUUAGCUGACCUCCAGACAAAAGUCCGGCGUUUGAGCCACUUGAUAAACGUAGCUCCUGAUGCGGUUGCCAUAGAGAUGUGCACGUCACCUUUGCCCCAGACCGACCACGACCUUUACAAGAACACGUCAGAUGCCACACCUGCAGCAGAACUGCAGCUCCAAAUGGCUUCCAAAACUGAAACCGAAGGUCAGGGUCUUUGUCACCCGGAAGGAGAACAGCCGGUUGCCACAGCAACUGCAGAUGCAACUCCUUUCAGGUGUAAGACCAAGCAGUUGAUAUCAAGGCUCUCUGUGGGGGGAUUCAAACCCAAACUCCCACACAGAAACUGCCCCGAAGACCCAAACAAGGUGGCUUCCACAAAGAACGUCUGCGUGAUCAACGAGCUGAACAAUCCCCAAGAGGAGAUCAGCAACAUUUACGACGAAGAGCUGGACAGCUGUGAGGAUAUGUCAGAAAUCAUAGACACCAGGAGCCCCGAGAGGAUCUCGGAGAAGAGUCCACCAGAGGAGUUCAUAGUAGACCCUCUGGAAAAUGACGAGUUCGAGGAGGAACGGCAAGGCCUGAAGAGACCCCUGACGGAAAACGAAGAUGAUAGGGAGGAUGAGAAGAGGCUGAAAGCUUCCUCAGAAUUUGAGCUGAUGUCAGAGGUUGGUGAGCAGGACGUGAGCAGGACUCGGACCGCCACACACACCAGCGAUUCCUCCAGCAGAUGUGAAGCUGCGUUCGAUUCAACCAUCAAGAACAGCCUGUUUGAAUCUCAGCUGGAAGACUCCUUCAGCGACGCCCAAAAGAGACUUGAAGACGGUACGAUAACGGUUUCAGAGUUCUUCAAACUCUUCAACAUCGACUUUGUCAUCCACAAUCCUCGACAAAGCGUCCUUCCGUCCAGACUUCUGUCAGAGACGGAGAUGACCACCAUGGAUUGUUUGAAGAACCGACACAUCAGCCGACCCAAACAGAGAGUUUAUGAGGCAGACAUCCAGAACCUCAGCCAGGAGGUCCAAAGGCUCCAAGUCCGGAUGUGGGACCUGCAGAAACCUCUGAGCCGAGUCAACGCGCCUCUGUGGGAGCAGAUCAGACUCUUCUCUGAGAAGGAGCUCAAAGCGUUCGGCGCUCAGCUGAAGGCCAGGAGCAACUUCUUCAGAAAACAGAGCAAAGUUCAGUCGCACCUCAUGAAGGAGGUUCUGUACUCCAACCUCAUCGCCGCCCAUCGGGAGGAGCAGCAGACGCUCAGAGGAAGACUGGAGCAGGCCGACCAGAUGAUGGAGAGUCUGGACGGCUGCAUCGCUGAGCUGGAAGCAGAACUCGCUAAAGUCGAGGAAGCCGGCUCUGAAGACAAACCCAGCGUGAAGUCGUUGCAGGAAGAAGUGGAAAAGGUGACGGAGGCGUUGGCCGAUGGCGAGAGGCUAGUAGCUGAACUGGAAACGCAGAAGCAACAGAAUUUAAAGCAAGUCCUCAAGCUGAAGGAGGAAACGGAGAAGCUGCAGACCCACAUGGACAUGCUCGACACAGUGAAUGAAUGGAGGCUGAAAGAGACGAGCCAGACCGUCAGCAUCUACAGUUUCCUCCACGACACCGUCUCCCUGCAGCUGAUCUUCUCAGACUCGGAUGGAAGUGAUCCUGAGGCAGCAGCAGAGCAGAGGCUGAAAGACAUCGUCUUCAGACUCAACCUGGAUGAUGAGAGGUCACAUGACCACGCCCGCCUCGUUCACACUCUGGUGUCUCAGUUUGUUGCUGGAGAGUCGGCCUGGUUGGAGAAAUACCCGACGAGGAGGGAAGUCCCAAAGCUGCUCCACGACGUCAGCCUGGCGGUGAGCCGCUGCCGUCUCCUGGGGGAGGAGCUACGGCUGCUGAAGAUGUGGGGCGCCAUGCGGCUCCAGAUCCUCAGCCUAACCUGCACGGACACUCGAGUGCACGUGGUCUUCAGCAGCCUCAAGACGUUCUCCAAGUUCAAGGUGGUGUUCUCCGUCAGCUUGGCGGGCCUCGUCUAUGACCUGAAGGUGGAAAGCUUCCAAAGCAUCAUCGGAAAAACCUCGAUCCAGCAGAUCGACGACAUCGUGGCGUCCGUCAGUCCAUCCAGGAACCUGCUGACAAAGAUCUGCAGAAAGAUUCACCAAACGCUGCUCUGCUGAGGAAGCAGCAGCUCGCCCUCCUCUGUCUGUAAAUGUUAAAAUGUAAAGAACUUUAGUUUUUGACUAAUUCUAAAACACAAUGUUCAGGAUCUUAAUUGGUUUGUGUUUGAAAGUGUUUAAUCUGUCCAGCGGAAACUUAAUGAACUCUCCAGCGAGGAUUAGUUUGAAAAAAGAAAUGUAAGAUGUAAUUUGUUUUGUGGAAAUAAAAUAUGACAUUUAUAGUAUAUUUGUUUAUUCCAAUUCCAUCUGUGCCUCUAAAAAUCUGUUUUUGUUUUCAGGGAUUUUAAAUGUGUUCAAUGACACAGGAAGGCUGUAAUGCAGUUAACACAGUCACCACUAGAUGGCAGCAACAGACCAGAGGCUGUUAGCAGCUGAUUGAUAGAUGUGUGUAAAAUAAAAAAAAACACUUAUGUUACUUUUCUAUAUGUAUUUAUUGGCUCUGGAGAUUUUAUUUACUUCAUUUGGCCAAAAAGAAAACAGUUGAAGACUUUUAAUUUUCUUUUCAAACUUGUUUUUUUUUCUCAAACAGUGGAGUAAAAAUGUUCACAGACGGCUGUAAGAUUGUAAAUAAAUAUUGAAUAAUUAACUGUGAAGAUGUAAAACUUCUGCGAACAAUUAUGAUACGGAAAAAAAGUGUUAAUAGUUUAAAAAAUAAAAAUAGGUUUAAAAAAAUGUGGCUAAAAAUAGGUUGAAAUUUUAGUUUAAACAAAGUUCAGACUGUAAAAUGUUAAAUUAGCAAAACAAAGUGCUGAACAAAAGCAGAAAAGACAAAUAAUCCUAAACCUUGCUGAAAAUUAAAACUUAUUUUACGAAUGACUCGUUUCUGCAGAGGAUAGUGAACACCGAACAACACAUCACUUCUAAAUGUAGUUAAAGGGAAAACUAGCUAAAAAAACAAAACAAACAGGAGUUUACAUUGAAAUUAAUGAAAGAGAUGAUUUUUAAAAAUUAAACACUAGAGAUGCUUUUUAUAUGUUCUGAGUUUUAAUGUUAAUUCUGAAAGGAAUAAAGUCUGGAAAAUAUAUUGUGACACUUAAAA